AUCGUAUAAAAAAAAGCUUCUCACUGAAAGAGCAGAGCAUUUAGAAUUAUUUUUGUAUUAGGUAGUGCCCAAUAUACCUUUAUUAGAUAAGCACCAUAGAAAUAAAUUUGAAAAAAAAAUUUUUUUUUGAAAAAUAAAAUUUUUCAUAUAGAACAAAAUGUCAUUAAGUUCACUAUUUGAGGCCGCACAAAAUUCUCCAUUCAAAAGUCCUAUCACUACAGCACGUUGUGAAUCGAAUACUACAGAGAUUCAAAGUAAUAAUGAGCAACAAACUCGCGUAAUUGCAGCUGCUGCAACACCCGAAGGGGAUUCAUGCGAAUUCGGUUCCAUGAAAUACUUUGCUUUAUGUGGUCUUGGUGGUAUUAUUUCAUGUGGUACAACACAUACAAUGGUUGUACCACUUGACUUGGUCAAAUGUAGAUUACAAGUCGAUCCAGGAAAAUAUAAAACCCUUGUAAAUGGUUUCAAAGUAACUUUAGCCGAAGAUGGCGUUAAAGGUUUAUCAAAGGGUUGGGCACCAACUUUCAUUGGUUAUUCAAUGCAAGGUUUAUGUAAAUUUGGUCUAUAUGAAGUAUUCAAAGUAAUUUAUUCUGAUGCAAUUGGAGAAGAAAAUUCCUAUUUGUACAGAACUUCAUUAUAUUUGGCUGCAUCUGCUUCAGCUGAAUUUUUCGCUGAUAUCGCAUUAUCACCAAUGGAAGCCGCAAAAGUAAAAAUUCAAACUACACCAGGUUUUGCUAAUACAUUGCGUGAAGCUUUACCAAAAAUGACAUCACAAGAAGGUAUUUCUGCUUUCUAUAAAGGUUUAGUACCAUUGUGGAUGAGACAAAUCCCAUAUACAAUGAUGAAGUUUGCAUGCUUUGAAAGAACUUUGGAACUUCUUUACAAAUAUGUUGUACCAAAACCAAGAGCUGAAUGUACUAAAGGUGAACAAUUGAUCGUUACAUUUGCUGCCGGUUAUAUUGCUGGUGUAUUUUGUGCUGUUGUAUCUCAUCCAGCUGAUACAGUUGUAUCAAAAUUAAAUCAAGCUAAAGGAGCUUCAGCGUUUGAAGUAGCUAAAUCAUUAGGCUGGUCAGGAUUAUGGGGAGGUUUAGGUCCAAGAAUUAUUAUGAUUGGUACUUUAACUGCCGCACAAUGGUUUAUUUAUGAUGCUGUUAAGGUAUUCUUUAGAAUGCCAAGACCACCACCACCAGAAAUGCCAGAAUCACUCAAAAGAAAAAUGGGUCUUGCAUAAUUCAUUCGCGUAUAUAAUAAUUAAAGCAUAAAUAAGUAAUAGAAUUUAUUCUAAGAUACAAAAAUGAGAUUUUUAAUUUAAUUCCUAUACAGAAUAACAAAACAAAAUGAAAAUAAUAGAUGAAACUGAAAUUUUCGAUUCUAAUAAAUGAAAUUUUUCAAAAAAAAAAAAAAAUAA